UUCUCCUCCUCCCUCCUCCUCCUCUUCCUCCUCCUUCUUCUUCUCGGGGCCGAGCCGAGCCCUCCGCCCGGCGCUAAGCGGAGCCCGGACCAGCGGGGGCGCCACAGCCGCCCCGCCAGCCGGGGCUGCGCGCUGCCCUGCACCGCUCCGCGCUGCCAUGCCGCCGCCGCCGCGCCGCCCGGGCAUGCCGCGCUCCCUGCCGGCCCCCGCAUCCUGCCUGCUGCUCGCCGCGCUGCUCUGCGGAGGAGCAGCGGCCGCCCGAGUGAACAAGCAUAAGCCAUGGAUUGAAACCACCUACCACGGUAUAAUCACAGAAAAUGACAACACUGUGCUCCUGGACCCCCCUUUAAUAGCUCUGGACAAAGAUGCGCCUCUGCGUUUUGCAGAGAGUUUUGAGGUGACAGUCACCAAAGAAGGUGAGAUCUGUGGAUUUAAAAUUCACGGGCAAAAUGUUCCCUUUGAAGCAGUGGUGGUGGAUAAAUCCACUGGUGAGGGAAUAAUACGCUCUAAAGAAAAGCUUGACUGUGAACUGCAGAAGGACUACACCUUCACCAUCCAGGCCUACGACUGCGGGAAGGGGCCAGAUGGAGCCAACGCAAAGAAAUCCCACAAAGCAACAGUCCAUAUUCAGGUGAACGAUGUUAACGAGUAUGCUCCGGUGUUCAAAGAGAAGUCAUACAAGGCAACGGUUAUUGAAGGGAAGAGGUACGACAACAUCCUGAAAGUGGAAGCAGUGGAUGCGGAUUGUUCACCUCAGUUCAGCCAGAUUUGCAGUUAUGAAAUUGUGACUCCAGAUGUACCGUUCGCUAUUGACAAAGACGGUUAUAUAAAAAACACAGAAAAAUUAAGUUAUGGUAAAGAACAUCAGUAUAAACUGACAGUAACGGCGUAUGACUGUGGGAAGAAGAGAGCUGCUGAGGAUGUGUUGGUUAAAAUUAGCAUUAAGCCUACAUGCAAGCCUGGCUGGCAAGGUUGGAGCAAAAGAAUAGAAUAUGAGCCUGGUACUGGUUCAUUAGCUCUCUUCCCCAGUAUGCGUUUGGAGACAUGUGAUGAGCCAAUAACCUCAAUUCAAGCGACAGUUGAACUAGAAACCAACCAUAUUGGCAAAGGCUGUGAUAGAGACACCUACUCUGAGAAAUCCAUUCACAGACUCUGUGGCGCUUCUUCUGGCACAGUUGAGCUGCUUCCCCCUCCAAGUAGUGCUGCUAACUGGACAAUAGGACUUCCCACUGAUAAUGGCCAUGACAGUGACCAAGUCUUUGAAUUUAACGGCACGCAAGCUGUGAAGAUUCCAGAUGGCGUUGUCACAGUCAAUCUAAAAGAGCCCUUCAUGAUUUCUGUGUGGAUGAGGCAUGGGCCUGGAACCAAAGAGAAAGAGACAAUUCUGUGCAAUUCAGACAAGACAGAUAUGAACCGGCACCACUACACACUCUACGUGCACAACUGCCGACUUGUUUUCCUCUUCCGCCAAGAUCCUUCCGAGGGAAAAACAUACAAACCUGCUGAGUUUCACUGGAAGCUCAAUCAAGUGUGUGACAAAGAGUGGCAUCAUUAUGUCCUCAAUGUUGAAUUUCCUGCGGUAACCCUUUAUGUAGACGGUGUUUCAUAUGAUCCUUUCCCAGUGACUGAAGAUUAUCCACUUCAUCCUUCAAAGAUAGAAACGCAGCUGGUAGUCGGAGCGUGUUGGCAAGAAUAUACAGGAAAUGAAAAUGACAAUGAAACUGUGCCUGAGACCUCUGCAGGUGGUGAGCUCCACAUGGCGCAGUUUUUCCGAGGCAACCUGGCAGGUCUGAUGAUUCGUUCUGGUAAACUGGAAAACAAGAAGGUGAUCGAUUGCCUGUACACGUGCAAAGAGGGGCUGGAUUUGCAAAUGCCUGAUGGUGUUGGCAAAGGCGUGAAGGUCCACAUGAACCCCAGUCAGUCAACGCUGACCUUGGAGGGGGAUGACAUUGACAGAGUGGAUAAGGCCAUGCAGCACGUUUCCUACCUGAAUUCCCGCCAGUUCCCAACACCUGGCAUUCGGAGGCUUAAAAUCACCAGCGUGGUCAAGUGUUUCAAUGAAGAGGCCUGUGUCUCCAUUCCUUCUGUGGAAGGAUAUGUAAUGGUCUUGCAACCAGAGGAACCGAAAAUCAGCCUUAGUGGCAUCAACCAUUUUGCCCGCUCUGCUUCAGAGUUUGAGAGUUCUGAGGGUGUUUCCCUCUUUCCUGAGCUUCGCAUAAUAAGCACCAUUACGCGGGAGGUGGAGCCAGAGGGAGAUGGAGAUGAAGAUCCUACAGUACAAGAAUCUUUGGUAUCUGAAGAGAUCAUGCAUAACCUGGAUACAUGUGAGGUGACAGUGCUGGGAGAGGAACUAAAUCAGGAACAAGAAAGCCUGGAGAUCGACAUGACGCGGUUGCAGCAGAAGGGCAUUGAGAUGAGCAGUUCCAACCUGGGCAUGAUAAUCACAGGGGUUGAUACUAUGGCUAAUUAUGAAGAAGUUUUGCAUUUGAUACGCUACAGGAACUGGCACACUGUGUCUCUCUUUGACAGAAAGUUCAAAUUAGUCUGUUCUGAGCUUAACGGGCGCUAUGUCAGCAAUGAAUUUAAAGUGGAGGUGAACGUUAUCCACACGGCUAACCCUGUUGAACACGCCAAUCACAUCGCUGCGCAGCCACAGUUUGUUCACCCAGUGCAUCACACCUUUGUUGAUCUCUCUGGCCACAACCUGGCCAACCCUCACCCCUUUUCAGUUGUCCCAAGUACAGCCACUGUUGUGAUUGUAGUUUGUGUCAGUUUCCUGGUUUUUAUGAUUAUUCUGGGAGUGUUCCGAAUCCGAGCUGCACAUCAGAGAACGAUGCGUGACCAGGACACUGGGAAGGAAAAUGAGAUGGACUGGGAUGACUCUGCUUUGACCAUCACUGUGAACCCCAUGGAGACUUACGAGGAUCAACACAGCAGUGAAGAGGAAGAGGAGGAGGAGGAGGAAGAAAGUGAAGACGGAGAAGAAGAUGACAUCACUAGUGCAGAGUCUGAAAGCAGUGAGGAGGAGGAGGGAGAGCAGGAGGAGGACCAACAGAAUGUCAAUAGACAGCAACAGCUGGAAUGGGAUGACUCUACCCUCAGUUAUUGAUUCUAGCUGUUCCCUUUGUCUUUCUGUCUCUGCUCUAGAAGACGCCACUGUAACACACUCCAUUGUACCAAGGAUUCAUGGUGUUUAACAAAACAAAAAAAAAAA